AUGUUUUCGCCACGCAAAGCGCUGCCAGCGCCAACUGCGCAGGACUUUGGCUUUCCCUAUACGCCAUAUGAAAUACAAGCGCAAUUAAUGCAGGAACUCUUUCUGGUGCUGGAGCGCAAGCAAAUUGGCAUCUUUGAAAGUCCCACAGGCACGGGUAAGUCAUUGACGCUAACUUGUGGCGCUCUGACUUGGCUGCAGCAGCAUGAGCAGCUGGUCAGAGCGGAGCUAAUGCAGCGCAUUGAACAAGUGCAGGCGGAGUUGGAGCUGCUGGAGCGCGAAAGUGCGCAGGCGACGGAUUGGAUAACGGCGCAAAGUGAAACGCAAAGUCAGCGACAGGAGCUGCAGCAGCUGCAGCGACUACGCAGCUUGCUGCAGGAAAAAGAGCAGCAGCUGCAGCAAAUGCGUGAGCGAAGAAAAACGCAGCGCAGAGCAGCGCGCAAAGCGCAGCAGCUGCUGACUGAGCACAUAGCAGAGGAAGCAACGCCUGAGCUGGACUCAGACGACGACGACGACGACGAGGAGCAGCAGGCGCAAACUGAGCUUGAGCAGCAGCAGCCGGAACGCUUUCGGGAUGUGCAAAUUUUUUAUUGCAGUCGCACGCAUUCGCAGCUAACGCAAAUUGUCAGCGAACUGCGCAAGACGCCGCAUGGCAAAAAUGUGCGCUGCGUCUGCCUCGGCUCACGCCAGCAGCUGUGCGUGAAUGCGCAAGUGCGUCGACUAAACAGCGUAGCGCUAAUGAAUGAACGCUGCUUGGAUAUGGCGCGUGCUAAGGCAGCGCCGGCGCAGCCCAACAAGAAGCCGCGUCUUGCCGCUACAGCGUUGAAGCUAAGCCGCUGUAGCUUCAAGUCCAGCGUGCCACUGCAGCAGCUGCAAGAUGCGCUGCUCUGUGAGCCGCUGGACAUUGAGGAGCUGGCACAAGAGGGCGCAAGCUGUGGCGGCUGCGCUUAUUACGCUUCGCGGCAAGCGCAGCCGCAGGCGCAGCUUGUGCUGCUGCCCUAUGCGCUGCUGCUGCAGCGUUCGGCACGCGAGCAGCUGGGACUGCAGCUAAGCGGCGCUGUUAUAAUCAUAGAUGAGGCACACAAUCUGCUGGACACAAUUGCGCAGCUGCAUAGCGCCGAGCUGAACGUGGAGCAACUGCAGCUGGCGCGUGAGCAGCUCAGCGGCUACAAGCAGCGCUAUGUGCAGCGUCUAAGCAGCGCAAAUUUGCUGCGCCUCAAUCAACUGCUGUUUGUAGUGCGGCGUCUGCUGCAGCUGCUGGAAUCCUCGCAAGCGUCGCGACUGCUGCGCACUUAUGAGCUAACAGCUGAAGGAGAUUUCUUCAAUAUCGAUUUGGUUGCAUUGCUGCAAUUCUGUGAGCGCACACGCUUUGCUCAGAAGCUGCAAGGAUAUGCCAAGCAGCUGCAAUCGGAGCCACAGCCAAGCGAGAAUCGUGCGCCGCCGCUAACGCUGCUGCAACGUUUGGCCACGCAGCAUCAGCAGCGUCUCGAACACACAAAGAAGCGCAAGCUGGAGACAGAGCAGCAAGCAGCGCCGCCGCCUGCAGUGCGGCAGCCUUUGUUGCCUUCACCUUUGCGCCCGCUGCUUGCAUUUCUGAGCACGCUCACCAGCGCCGCUGCUGAUGGACGCGUCUUGUUGCAACCUGCAGCUGGCAGCUUCAAGUAUCUGCUGCUUAAUCCUGCCGAGCAUUUCGCUGAUAUACUUAGCCAAGCGCGUGCUCUCAUCAUAGCUGGCGGCACCAUGCAGCCCACGCAAGAGCUCACAGCUCAGCUAUUCCAAGCGUGUCCUGAGCGCAUUGUGCAACGCUUCUAUAGCCAUGUAGUGCCAGCGGAUGCAGUGCUGCCAUUUGUUGUGCCCACUGGUCCCACAGGCGCGUCGCUUUGCUUUAACUACGCGCAACGUGCUACGCCCGCUAUGCUGCAGGAGCUGUCCAUGUUGCUGCAGAAUCUUUGCAACGUGCUGCCCGCUGGCGUUGUUUGCUUUCUGCCCUCCUAUGGCUAUCUGGACACUGUUUAUGCUCAACUGGAGCGCAGCGGCGUGCUGGCGCGCAUUGCUCAGCGUAAACGCAUUUUUCGCGAGUCAGCUGGUCAAGCUGUGGAGCAGCUGCUGCAGCAAUAUGCUGACGCCAUUCAGGACUCCAGUGGCGCUUUGCUCUUGAGCGUCGUAGGCGGCAAACUUAGCGAAGGCCUCAACUUUGCUGAUAAUUUGGGACGUGGCGUCAUUGUUGUUGGUCUGCCCUAUCCCAAUCGCAAUUCUCCAGAGCUGCAGGAGCGCAUGCGCCAUUUGGAUGCCACUUUGGCUGCCGGCGCUGGCUCCGAGUAUUAUGAGAAUCUUUGCAUGAAGGCAGUGAAUCAAUGCAUUGGACGCUCGGUGCGUCAUAUAAGAGAUUAUGCCUGCGUCUAUUUGCUGGAUGAGCGCUAUGCCAGCGCCAAGAUUCAGCAGAAGCUGCCCGCCUGGAUAGCGCAUCAGUUAGUCGUAGCCAGCGGCGGAUUUGGCAACGUCCAAGCAAGCACAGUGCGUUUUUUCAAGUCAAAACAAACUUAACAAACUCGUAAUGUUUAAUUUCUAAAUGUUAAAAGUUUAUGUUCCUUCAAGUAUUUUGUAGCUCUAAUUAGUUGCCAACCAAAUUCGCUGUACCUUGUAUUCCUUCAAUUUAAGUUUAUCGAAUUGUAUAUUUUUUUUAAAUCUGAAUUCUUAAGUAUUUUGUUUGUUCAUAUAUU